AUGGCCGCUCUCGACACACCGUGGGUAGAUUCCAUGUCUGCAGAUCCUAGCUCUCAGAAUGACGGUGGUUCCGGGUCCCUCGGCUCCAACGAUGCUCUCCCGCCUACCGUUGCGACCUUCUCGCCCACCAACAUAUCGGGCAAUUCUCUAACGUCGAAGCAGCGGUCUACUAUCAUUGUCCACCGGAAGUCUCCGCUGCUGGUAGCCACCCCUCCUGCGGUCACCCGUGCGCUGGCAUAUUCUCACCCGUUUCUUCUCCCUUUAAACCGACUGGCGGGACUGCUUUCCUGGACCAGCGGGGAUCCGUGGGAGAGCUUUCUCUUGGUUGGCGCCUUCUGGGCCGUUACUUUGCACGGUAGCGCUAUCAUACUAUGGGGAGGGCCGAUAUUGGUGGUAGUUGCGUUGAUUCUGGGGCUAUACUCGCGGCGGUAUUCCCCUCUAUCAUCAACUGGCUUGACCGGCGAGAAACAUGGCCAUAAAAGAGAAGGCUCCGAUGCGUCAUCUAGGCCUCACAAGACUUUGGAUGAGAUUGUCGAAACCCUACGGGAGUUUACGAUGAGGUGUAAUAUUCUACUCGAGCCUCUGCGGGACCUUACCGAUUUCCUUUCUACCCAGCGAACAGCAACGUCGACUACAACUCGGCCUGCGUUAACAGCGUUGUUAACCCGGAUAAUACUCAUUACGCCCGUUUGGAUCCUGUUAACCCUUCACCCAAUCUACCUGAUCACGAUAAAAAGGGUUAUCAUAACCGUCGGUACGAUCAUUUUGACGUGGCACUCGAAACCCGCACGGAUCUUCCGAGUAUUGCUCUGGAGGUCUCUGGCCAUACGGCGCAUUUGUUCAACCAUUACUGGCUUGCAGUACUCUUCUUUACCGCAUAACGACGACCACUCGUCGAAAUCCUCUACCAAAUCCUCUCUUUUAUCAUUAACCCGUUUCCGCUCCAAACAACCAUCACAGCACGGUUCAACAAGGCGUCGGACAAGCUCAUCAGGUGUGAGAUUUACGUUCAUCAUCUAUGAGAAUCAGAGACGAUGGUUGGGCAUCGGCUGGACCUAUUCUCUAUUCGCCUACGAACGGCCGGCGUGGUCAGAUGAGCAUCUGAACCCCGUGCCGCCCAAAGAUGAAUUUGAGCUUCCAGAAGUUCAGGGUAGCAAUUCUAAGUGGCGAUGGGUAGCCGGAAGUGAAUGGCGCAUUGACGGUGCGUCUGAUCCAUCCUCGAAGAAAAAGGGUAAAGGGAACAAGAAUAUAGAGAAUAAAGACGACGGCGGCUGGAUUUAUUAUGACAAUAAGUGGCACGACGGUCGUCGAGGUCAAGACGGCUGGGGAAGGUAUACACGGCGCCGUAAAUGGUGUCGAGAUGCAGAGCUGGUCGAAACAUUCCCAGAUACGGAGUCUUCGGCAGCUCCCUCAAAACGUACACUCGACAACGAAGGGAAAUCCAGUGGUGAUAGCGGGAAAGACGUGAACUCGGGAGAUGAUAAGAACGCCGCCAAAGCUCGCAGGAGACGAUGGUUUGGUAGCACAGACUUCAAAGGGUUCUCAACCGCUGUACCAGAACCUUCCAGCUCGAGCUUACCACAUAAUCUCGAAACAUACUCGACAUCUCCUUCAGCAGCAACGGGGUCUAGCCCGCCCAAGGCGUCAAGCGUUUCUAGCGGCCGUAGCUCGCAGAACAACGGAUCAAUACGAGCUCGGAGCAUCGGCUCUGGGAGCGGUAAACGGCCAGCCAGUGUAAACACCGACGGCGACAGAAAGAGUCAGUCUUCCAGUAUCCGCGAGAAAGAGAUUGAAGAAGCAGAGAACAUGCCUGACAGAUGGGGUAGUCAGUCUGGCAAUGCAGCAGAGAGGGCAGGCAGGGCAUGGGGUUUGGGUGACGAUGCCCAUAUGAGUUUAAGCUGA